UUAUUAAUAAAAACCUGUGGAAUUCUGAAGCGAUCUCAAAACAAAGAAUUAAAAUAUGAAAUAGAUAUAGGCAUAUGGGCAUAUUCAUAUUUUUAGUUUGGUUUGGUUUGGAUAAUAAGAUUGCAUAUAUGUAUAGACUUUUUGGAGCAACUUUUUUUAAAAGGCCAGAAGAUGAAAAAUAUCGAUACUGAUUUUAAUUAUCCUACCUCUUAUGCUUCAAACAGUUUCUAAUUGAGAUGGCUUUAUUUAUUCUCCCCAACACUAAUAAAAACAUGUUAGCUGAUAGUAGAUAUAUAGUAGUAGUAUGAUAAAAAUGUUAUCAUCCCUUUAAUACUCCACAUGUGAAAGAAAUGUCAUAUAAUCGAGCUGGCUUUAAUAUUUUUUCUAUAAUACCUACCCUCUUUAUUAUGAUUAGAAAGACUUAUAACUGAGUUAUCUUAAAUGAUCCUACCUUGCUUAAUACUGUACGUAUUGAUUAAUUAUUGUCGUUUUUGACCAUUCGAGAGUAAAUUCAGAGACUCUGUGCAACAUUUCAGUUCAAUCGGAUACUUUACUUUUUGGCUGUAAAAAAUGGGAAGAUAUGUACGAUCGGACUGAAAUUUUGCUAUGUCUUAACUCCUUAUAUCUAAGGGUAGUAUAUAGCCGAAAAAUUAUACUUUAUAGAUAACUAUACUACUAUAAGUAACUGUAAAUAUGUAAAAAAAUAUUAUUUAUUUGCUAGAGAUCCAUGAAUAUAUUACUGCCUGAAAGAUUUAUAACAAAUUAUGGAAAAAAAUAAAGAAAUAAAUUGGGAUAGUGUGGCAUGGUUUUUUAAUAGCUAAAUUAUCGUACAAAGUACAAACACCGCAUUUUACCCCAGUUUCUUCAAAGGGAUGCGCGGGCGCAGUUUUCUAUUCGUCUCCAUUUAAGAGAGAAAUUAAUUUUACGUGAAAGCUUGCUACACGAUAUAAUUAAAGCUUAACAAUAAUUUAGCUCUUCAAAUAGUCAAUGUAACAUUAGACACUUUUUCUUAAAUAGCGGAAGACAUAAUAAUAAAAUAAUAAUCUUAGAAAAAAAGUGAAACGAUGUCAAACUUGGCAAUGCUGUAACGCACCCUUUUUAGGGAUCCUAAGCGCAUUGGUCCAAGGAUCGCCUCGCCGAAUUUCCAUUAUGCGGGAGAAAGGUUUCGAAAACGUCUAGAACGCUUUAUUCGAAUUAAUAAAUGCCAUAGCUGGCCGAAAAAAUGAGGAGCACUAGCUCUGAACUGCUCCUAGACCACCAAGAGGAGCUCCGCAAACGCAAAAUUAAGUAAAUUGAUGGCUGACUCGAGUAUUUUGCAGGAGCUGGCCUUGGCGAAAAAAGCUCAGUCACGGCAGCAAGGGGCUCGAAGCUGUCGUGAGCAGGCCCUUUUUUAUGCCACAAGUCUGCUCGCUGUGCUAGCUAUGGCCGCUGGCUCCUCUCUACUUUUCUUAGUGCCCCUUUACGUGGAUCCAGCCAUUUCGACACUAGCCAGUGACUUCGUUACCGAGCCUGUUACUUGUAUCACUACCAGAGUUGAACAGCUUACAGGCUUAGCUAAUUGUUCAUGGAGUUCAUGCCGCGAAGGCUGUACCAGCGAUGCUUAUCACUGUACCCAUAUUUACGUCAGCUAUAAUGCCACUGUACCAGGGCUAAACAAUACCGAGGAAGCCAUUCUUUUAGUCAACAUAAAAGGCUGUGGUUAUCCGCCAAAAAUACGAUGUGCUAAUUUUUCUGGUACAUUUGGAGAAGAAGGUACCGAAUUUCCUUGCUUCCCUUCCAAGCAAAAUGGCACCGUCGUAUUGACAAAUUACAUCAAAGAUGAACAGAUAGCAAUCAUCAUCCACUAUUUUGCCGUUCCCUUUGUGGUAACCCUCGCUACGUCGGUAGCGUUGUGCGUAAUGCAUUGUGACUGCACUUGUACCCCAGCCCAGAGGCGUACCAUGAGGUCACGUAGGCCCCCCCGAAUACCACUGAGGUCUGAGUAUAGUGAUGGGUCGCUCAGUUUAGGACUGCAACCGGCAUUUUCCUAACCUACGUAGAUAUUUUUUAUAUUCUCGUUUGAUUGAGAGAUUUAAAUGUUGUUCUUCACAUCGCGACCAGUGGUGACCCCUCUAGCAAUAUAGAUAUAUUUUACAAUUUUUUCUGUAAUUACCAGAUAAGGAGACUAUAUUCUAUUUUUCUUUCCUUAGGACUGUUUUAAUAAUUGGUAAAAUUUAGAAUGGAGAAAUAGUAUAAGGCCAUCCGUGUUAAAUUUGAUUAAAAAAAUAUAGUUAAAGUGUGAUAGAUUAUAAAUAGAUACAACGCAUAUACUUAUAGUGAAAGAAUCGUAAUGUUAUCAAAUUUUGUCAAAAGAAAAGUUAGAAGAGUUUUUCAUAAAGAUUGUAUUUUUAUAAAAAGUUUAUAUUGAUUUUUGUUGAUAUGAUAUGUUACACAUAUGAAGCUAUUAAGUUGUAGGAAGCAUAGAUUUUAAAAUCUAAUAACGUCGUUAGAAGUGUUGAUUUUUGUAUUAAAUUUUAUAUUAAAUUAUAUUAAUGAAACCUAU